CAGGAGCUGGCGAAGAUGACGACGGAGUGGUCCAUGAGGCGGGCCGCCCAGGGCAAGGUGGCGUACAGCGUGGGCACCGGCGGCGGCCCUGGCAUGAUGGAGGCCGCCAACAAGGGCGCGAUGCUGGCUGGGGGCAAGUCGAUUGGCUUCGGGAUCUCGCUGCCCUUCGAGGACCACCUGAAUCCCUACGUGACCCCCGACCUGGCCUUCGAGUUCCACUACUUCUUCACGCGCAAGUUCUGGAUGUCCUACAAGUGCAUGGGCCUGGUGGUCGCGCCCGGCGGCCUGGGGACCUGCGACGAGCUCUUCGAGGUCAUCACGCUGAUGCAGACUGGCAAGAUCAGGCGGUCCCUGCCAGUGAUCCUCAUCGGCAAGCAGUUCUGGAAGUCGGCCAUCAACUGGGACUUCUUCGUUCAGACCGGCAUGAUCUCGGACGAGGACGCAAACCAGCUCAUCUUCGCCGACACCGCGCAGGAGGGGCCUUCGACGCCCUCGUCGCCGGGGUCACGGCGCUGGAGUGCACGCCCGUGGCCUCCAAGAAGAAGGCGAAGGCGUAGGCGACGAGGCCGCAGCCAGCCGGCGGGGGCAACCAUAGGGGUGGAUAGGCCCGACAUGGAGGAAGCACCGCCCGCCCAGAGGCCCCGCGCGGCCUCGCACGGGUCCUCGACCCGUGCACGCCUCGGGCGCCUCGCGCUCGGGGGGCCCUCGCGCCGGCCUCGCUCGGGCCGCGGCUCUUCGUGGCAGUGCUCGGGUGGGUCUGGGGAGCAGCACGAAGCUCCGCGCGUACCUCCGAGGGUGCAGGCUGCGUCCUUCUCUGGUCUCCCCCAGCCGGCCCCACCGCGCCGCCUGGGCCUGUUUUUUUAUGCCCAGAGGUGGAGCCUCUUCUUCCUCCUAGGUGCUUCCUUCCAUCCUUCCUCCUCCCCCUCCUCGCGCCUCCGUCCUUCCUCUGCGGCGACGACGACGACCUCAUCUUUCUUCCUCCGCGCGGGACCACAGCUUAGGGCUCCCAACCUGUUCGACUCAAAACGCCUCGCGGCUUGCUGCCCGACUGCCCUCCGGGAGGAGUCGGAUUCUGUCGGGUCGAGGGGGCGCCCAGUCACCGGUCGAGCCAUGCACCUCGCUCGCCCGCGAGCCCCCGUCAUGACGGCCUGACGGGAGCGAGGCCGCAGCGGGCCCGCCGGGCGGCAGUUGGUCGCGCUGCAGAGGGCCCGCUGAUCCAGGCCCUGUUUUUCAGCCGCCCGCGAGGCGCAGGCCUCACGGGCUCUCUCGACCGCCGCGGCGCACAAGGCGCCGCGGCGAUGCCGCUUGAGCCAUGGCACGCGGCCCCUCUGAUGGACUUCCUUCCGCUGCUCGAGGCAGAUGAUGAUGAUUAUGAUGAGGAGGAGACGACGGUGCCGCAGCGACGGCACCCCCGCCGCGUGCCUGCCCGGACCCGCCGCCUCGCCUUGCCUCGCCGCGUGUACAGAGGGCCCCUGCAGGAGGCCGCGCGGCGGCGUGGCCGCGCCUCCCCCUCCCCCCCCGCCGGCUCUCCGGAGGCGCCUCGGCCGAGCCGCGGCGCCUCGGCAGGCCGCAGUGGUGGCGCAGCGCUGAAGCGCGCUGCCCCGCCGGGGCUGGGAUUGUCGUCCGCGUCCUCUGCCCAGGCGUCCUCCCUUCCCGCUCCCUCCCUCUGCCGGUGGGUCGUCGUUUGGUGGCACGGGCGGUCCGCUUCGUGCGGUUCGUGCCUGGGCCGUUUGUGGCGCAGGCUGACGAUGAGCGUUCGUUCCGAUCCGA